AAAGAUUCGUCAUAUAUUGUCUUAAAACCUAUAUUUUCCUCUUUCUCUCUCUUUCUUGAAAGGGAUAUAUAUUUUCCCCUUUUAUUUAUUUUCUAUAUAAUAUUAAAAUAUUAGUAAUUCCUAAUUUCACCAUCUCUAGUCUUCUGUUAAAGUAACCAAAGAGGCAUAAGAAAGAAAUCUCCCAUGAAAGUGAUGGAAUUGGUUUUCAUGGUGGAUUAACAGGACAACUCAUCUCCACCGUUAUCGCCUGUAAAAAACUAAUCGCAAAAUUCAUUUUUUUAUUUUGGGUUUCUCCAAUUUCUUUAUUUUCUUAUUUAGUUAUUUUUACACCAAAAUCCACUGCCCAUUUCCACUACAUUCCGCUGAAUUCUGUGCCUCAAAUUCGGGGAGAACAAGAGGCCCACUUCAGAUUGAGCUGCGAUUCUUCAAUCCCGAGUUACCCGACUCGCAAUUUGGUAGGUUUUUCAGCGAUUAAGUGAUUCUUUCCGCUCCGAGUAAAUGCGGCGGCGGGGUGCGGAUUUCCGGCGGCCGGUGAGGCGGAAGUUUCCGAAUGCGUGCUGGUUAACGCUUUGUGGGUUUGUGAUUCUGCUCUUCGUUUUGGUGUUUAGAAGCGCGAAUCAGCAUCCCACUUCGAGAUCGGUUUAUACCAAGAGGUCCCCUAGACAUGAAAGAUUUAUGGAAGGCCUUAACAUCACAGACGAAAUGUUAAGUCCCGAUUCUGUAACAAGGCAACUGAACGACCAAAUUUCUCUGGCAAAGGGAUUUCUGGUUAUUGCGAAAGAAAGCAACAAUCUGCAAUUCGCGUGGGAACUCAGUGCUCAGAUUCGAAACUCACAGAUCCUUCUAUCGAAUGCUGCCUUAAGACGAACUCCGUUGACAAUCAGUGAAUCGGAAACUGCUGUUCGUGACAUGGCACUUCUACUCUUCCAGGCUCAGCAACUUCAUUACGAUAGUGCUACCAUGAUCAUGAGACUGAAGGCCAAGAUACAAGGUCUCGAAGAACAAAUGAGCUCGAUCAACGAGAAGAGUGCAAAGUAUGGGCAAAUAGCAGCUGAAGAAGUCCCGAAGAGUCUGUAUUGUCUCGGUGUUCGACUAACCGGUGAAUGGUUUAGGAAUGCAUAUUUGCAGAGGAAGCUCAAAGAGAACAGACAAACUGCUUUGAAGCUCAAAGAUAACAGCUUGUAUCAUUUUUGCGUCUUCUCCGACAACAUCCUUGCGACUUCAGUCGUCGUGAAUUCUACAUCUUUGAAUUCCAACAAUCCCGAGGAGGUCGUCUUCCACCUUGUGACCGACGAAGUCAAUUACGCAGCAAUGAAGGCCUGGUUCACCAUGAAUACUUUCAGAGGAGUGACGGUUGAUGUUCAGAAGAUCGAAGACUUCAGCUGGCUGAACGCGUCCUACGUUCCUGUUCUCAAACAGCUCCAAGACUCCGAAACCCAGAGCUACUACUUCUCCGGCAGCGGCGGCGACAAUCGGACUCCGAUCAAGUUCAGGAACCCUAAAUACUUAUCUAUGCUCAAUCACCUCAGGUUCUACAUUCCUGAAGUCUUUCCUGCUCUGAAGAAGGUGGUGUUUCUCGAUGACGACGUCGUGGUGCAAAAAGAUCUCUCGCCUCUGUUCUCGCUCAACCUGAACGGCAACGUCAACGGUGCAGUCGAGACAUGCAUGGAGACAUUCCAUAGAUACCACAAGUACCUGAACUACUCCCACCCUCUCAUUCGUGAGCAUUUCGACCCCGACGCCUGUGGCUGGGCGUUCGGGAUGAACGUGUUCGACUUGGUCGAAUGGAGGAGAAGGAACGUCACGGGCAUCUACCACUACUGGCAGGAAAAGAACGUCGACAGGACUCUCUGGAAACUCGGGACUCUGCCUCCUGGUCUGUUAACCUUCUACGGAUUAACCGAGCCUUUGAACCCCUCGUGGCACGUGUUGGGCUUGGGCUACACGAACAUCGACCCACACUUGAUCGAGAAGGGAGCCGUUCUGCACUUCAACGGGAACUCAAAACCCUGGCUGAAGAUCGGGAUGGAGAAAUACAAGCCCCUUUGGGAUAAAUAUGUCGAUUACAGCCAUCCGCUGAUGCAGCACUGCAACGUCCAUUAGUCCCGAUUUUCGAGAAUCGAGACCUCUCUGCACUUGCAAAACCAAGUUUUGAAGCCACACUGGGAUGGUUAGAAGCACCCUUGCACGGUAACUGGUUUAGCCUUUGAUAUUUAAUUAUCCAAAUCGUUUGCUGAGUUCCUUGUUGUAAUAUAAUGUUGAGCAAUAGCAUAUAGUUUCUUGUUAAAUUAAUUGUUGCUACACAUAUUUAUCACAAUUAAUUCAUGGUAUUCUCAGUCUCAUGCAA